AACAAUUUUUACUAGGGUAGUAAACCGAUUUACAAUUUUUUGUUUAGGUCGGUACUGUUAUGAUGUGUCAGAUUAAUGUUGUCCUCAUUCUUCGGCCGAGCGCUAGAUGGCACGAGACUGCACUCAGUCUAGAAUAUUCCAGGUCACGUGGCGUGACCUGAUUGGCUUCUCCCCUUGCCCUAUGUUGCCCCUAUCCCUGAUGUAGUAUAAAAGGGGACCCCCCACAGUCAGUUUGUUCGGGAGUCGUUGAAGGAAACUCGAAGCGGUCGGAGCUCAGGUCGCUCUAUUCCGUGUAAAUUCCUUUGUUUGUUUGGGCGCGAAAGCGAAUACACUGUGUUACAUCGCCGCCUUUGGAUUAUUUCUCUAAAUUUGGUGUCAGAAGUGGGAUUUGACGCUGCUCAACACGUGCCGGACAUGGAUAAUAAAAAAAAAAGUAGGAAAGAAGAAGAAGAGGAAGUUGUCGGAUCGGCAAAGAAAGAGGAAGAACCAUUACAAUUUCGAAAAGGAAAGAAGAUCCCCGAAGCCGCAAUUGAAGAAAGGCGCCAAAGAGAGGCCAAAGAAAAGGAAAAUAGGACAGAAGCAAACCAGAUAGGUGGAAGAAAAGGAGGAAGAAGAAGGCGACAAGUUCGACUCCCUAGUAAGGCGGAAUACUUUGCGCCCCUUCGAAGAGUCAGGGAAGAGACAGUGGCCGAGAGAGAAGAAAGAAGAGCCAGAGAAAGGUGGGAAAGAUUGAGGAUUUCAGAAAUUUGUAAGAAAAAAGCAGAAGAGGAAGAAUCGAGAAAGGCUAAGAAAAAAGCAGAAGAGGAAGAAUCGAGAAAGGCUAAGAAAAAAGCAGAAGAGGGAGAAUCGAGAAAGGCUAAGAAGAAAGCAGAAGAAGAAAAACUGAGGAAGACCAAAGCAGAAAGCAUAGAAGAAAGAGAGGCAAGAAGAGCGAAAGAAAAGUUGGAGAGGUAAAAAAACAGUGAAGCAGCAAAGAAGAAGCAAGAAGAAGAAGAAGAAUUAGAAAGAAUAAGGAUGGAAAUUACUUUCAUCGAAUAAAACAAACCCAAAAAAUUUUACCUGUUUAACGUUCAUUAAUAAAGAUAUUAUCACCUCGGAAUUGACGCGUCUUGUGUCUUACUUUCAGGUUUCGCCUUGCUCAAUCGAUACGUUUUGCGUCUUAAAGUCUGACUUAAUCGACACAACUGUGUCUUAAGGUCAAAUACUUUGACUUAAUUGACGAGUUUGUACCUUCACAGGUAAAGUUUAAUGCAGUCUGGUUGUAGUUGCAAAUCAACCACCUGUAAAGGGUGCGUAUGCGUCCAGAACGAAAGGUAUUGCAACGAGCAUUGUAAGUGUCAUCCUAGUCGGUGCCAAAACAAACUGGUAUCACGAUCCAAUAGUCCCAAUAAAAUGGAAAUGGAUCAAGACGCCCUAGCAGAAGCAUUGGCCAAUCUGGCGGCCAAUCAACAGUUGCAACAACAGCAAUUUCAAAUUCAGCAACAACAAAUGCGUCAACAAAAGGACGUACUCACGGCCCUAGCAAAUCGUUUACUUGCAGCACCUGUCGUAGCUGCCCCCGUGAAUCCAGUACCGGCCCCAGCGGUAGCGAUUCGGACUACGCUGGACUCCGAUGUCAAAUAUUCAGGAUCAAAAGACGAAUCACUACAAGACUGGCUACAACUGGUUAAUCGAAAAGCGUUAGCAGAAGGUUGGCAAGAUGCUGACAAGAGAAGGGCCGCCAUUAGCUCCUUGUACGGAAAGGCUCUCAACUGGCACGAAGAAAUAGGAACAAAUAUACCACUAUGGGCCGACUGGCUGAAUAACUUACGUGGAACCUUUGAAAUACAAUUAACGGAAAGUCAGUGGCAAAUACAAGUAGAAGAAAGAAAACAAUUGCCGAAUGAAACUGGCUCGGCUUAUGUACUGGAUAAAGUCAAAUUAUGCCACCGCAGAGCUAUUCCUAUCAACGAUGGAGAGAUGAUUCCUUUCCUCAUCCGUGGACUAAUCCGUCCCGAAAUACGAUCAGUGAUGAUGGGUAAUCCGCCAGCGACAGUUAAUGCUUUCCUCACCGAACUUCGUCGGCUAGAAUCUAUCAGCGAGUCCCCUACAGACUCAACGGCAGCGUCAGCGAGUAGUGUUUCACCUCCCAUGAGCACGAAGGAUGACAGACAGAAAAUUACGACGAAUCCAAUGGCGGCGAUGUAACACAGUGUAUUCGCUUUCGCACCCAAACAAACAAAGGAAUUUACACGGAAUAGAGCGACCUGAGCUCCGACCGCUUCGAGUUUCCUUCAACGACUCCCGAACUGACUGUGGGGGGUCCCCUUUUAUACUACAUCAGGGAUAGGGGCAACAUAGAGCAAGGGGAGGAGCCAAUCAGGUCACGCCACGUGACCUGGAAUAUUCUAGACUGAGUGCAGUCUCGCGCCAUCUAGCGCUCGGCCGAAGAAUGAGGACAACAUUAAUCUGACACAUCAUAACACUCGUCCAUUCCAUUUCAAGGCUCCUGCCUUGACUUCAACAACCCCUUUCGCCACAACACACCCGGCGGGUGUGUUGUAAAACAUUUGGGAAUUUUGAAAAAGGGUAGUUUUUUCUAAUGUAAAUAACUUUUCUGCUGUGUUAUUCUCAUAAAAUCUAAUAAAUACAAAGUAAACUAGGUCAUAUGGGCUAAAAAACUAGA